CUGUCGUUUAUCGUCUCUGCUGUCUCACACACACAUCUCAUCUUAUCUUAUACCCAAGACACCACCUUCAAACCGUCAAGAUGCAGUUCUCUCUUCUCAAGCUCGCCACCUACGCUGGUCUCAUCCAGGCCGCCGCUGCCGCUGUCCCCGUCGGUACCCCGAUCACCAGCUGCACUGUCGACAAGAACAUCGCCCUCACCUUUGACGAUGGUCCUUUCGACUACACCACCGAGCUCCUUGACCAGCUCAAGAAGUACGGUUACAAGGCCACUUUCUUCCUGAACGGCAACAACUGGGGCAACAUCAAUGACUACAAGUCUGUUGUCCAGCGCAUGAUCAACGAGGGUCACCAAGUUGGCUCCCACACUUACAGCCACCCUGAUCUCGCUACCAUCAGCAGCGCCGAGAUCCGCACCCAGAUGACCCGUCUUGAGGCUGACUUCCUCAACAUCAUCGGAAAGUACCCUACCUACAUGCGAGCUCCCUACUUCAGUUACGGCUCCAACGCUCUCCCCGUCAUGAAGACUCUCGGCUACCACGUCAUCGGUGCUGAUGUCGACACUCUUGACUGGGAGUACAACACCCCUGCCGAGACCGACAUUGCUCUCAAGCUCUUCAAGCAGGGUACCACUGCUCUCAAGACCAUUUCUCUCUUCCACGAUGUCCACGUCAACACUGUCCGCAACCUCAUCCCCAAGGUCCUCGACGCCGUCAAGCGCAGCACCCGUAUCCCCGUUACCGUCGGCCAGUGCCUCGGCGACCCUUCUGCUAACUGGUACAAGACCACCAAGCGCACCAAGCGUGACCUUGAGGAGGUUGACGCCAUUGUCGAGAAGGAGGUUACUGAGCGCGCUCUCUCCAACUACAUUGAGCACUCUCGCUUCCGCCGCACCACCAAGGCUUAAGCGUCCCUCAGUCUGGUCUGAUUUGAUCUGACACGACACACGAAACGACAUCAACCUAAUGUGCCAAAGAAUUAUUGGAUUUGUUUGUUCUUGAAAGCAUUCUGUAUUACCAAUACUUCCUUUGUGUUAGACGCACAUAGAUGAUAGACACGCCCUAUACUAUACUAUACAUAAUAC